AUGACGCAGAUCAAGUACUCGAUUCUGGCUUCUAGACAGGGCAAGAUCAGAUUGGUCAAAUGGUACUCGCCCUACAGCACGAAAGAGAAGCAGAAGGUGUUGAAAGAGCUUACGCCGCUUGUGCUGUCAAGAAAGGCCAAGAUGUGUAACAUAGUGGAGUACUCUGACCACCGAGUGGUGUACAGGAGAUACGCUAGUCUGUAUUUCAUUUGUGGCAUAACGCCAGAUGUGGAUAACGAAUUGCUAACAUUGGAAGUGAUUCACCGAUAUGUCGAAACAAUGGAUUCCUACUUUGGCAACGUCUGUGAGCUGGAUAUCAUCUUCAACUUCAGUAAGGCUUACGACAUACUGAACGAGAUACUGAUGUGUGAUGGCUCCGUGGCAGAGUCCAGCAAGAAAGAGGUCUUACAGCAUGUGAUGACUAUGGAUACCAUGGAGAGCAGUGAUAACCUGGACAGAGUCUUGAGUUAG